CAGGCAACAUGGACGAGGCACUUGUGGAGAAUGUGGUGUACUCGAGAGCUGGUGCUGCUGAUUCGUAUGUGUUCAACUCGUCACUGACCAAUGUCUACCGUCCGCGCAUUGUCGAUGCCCUGCGGUAUGUGACAGACUCGCCACAGGCUUGGUUGGAGAGCCACAAAGCCAUGGUCUCGGCAGCUCUUGCUCUUCUUCUCCAUCAUGCCUCGCUCCUGUCGCAUGAUGCUACCUUUGGCGGCUUGCUCUACAACAUGGUCUAUCGCGUCUCAUCACCAUCGGGCGAGCUCAUCCCGCCGUCUAUGCCUCGCAAACUGCUCCAUGUCGCCGCAUCCACAGCUGGCCUCUGGGCCUGGAUCCGUCUCGACAGCUGCGCCGAUAGCCUGCCCAUGCUCGAUGUGAGUGCCGACGACCUCCGCGGAUCACCGUGGCAAGCUGGUGCUGCUGUAUUGACUGCAGCGAGGCGGACAGGCACCCGCCGCACGCUCGGUGGCGCCAUCCUCCGUACUGUCCUCUGGCUUGUCCGCGCCGCGUCGCUCGUCAACGCCCUCGUCUUUCUCCGCUCCGGUGCCUACGUCUCGCUCCUGGACCGAGUCUUAGGCAUGCAGCUUGUGCGGAGCGCACCGGGGCGAGCCCGCUUUGUCGCGCUGCACUUUAUGGACCGGACGCUUGGCUGGAUCGCGCUCUCUAAUGCCCUCGCAGCCCUUCUCCCGCUCAUCAACAUCGAGCGGGUCAAGACGGCGCUCGACUACGCUGCGUCGUCGGCAGUUCGCGCCGCCACAUCCGUCCUUGUCGGCCCGGCCGCCGACACCGGCGCCAAGCAUGUGCCGACCGGCUGCAUCGUGUGCGGCGUCAACGCCGCAAGCUUUGCCUUUCGGCUCGAGCCUUGCCACCACUCUGGCUGCUACUACUGCCUUGCUGCGCACCGUGCCCGCGACCCGGGGGCGUUUUCGUGCCCGCGAUGCGCAUCGGGAGUGAGCGGCAUCGAGCGAGUGCCGUAGCCGAGUCACGCCGGCUUUUAGGCCGCAUCCGGCUCGUACGCCUCGUCCGGAACCACGAAAAACUCGACAAAGAUCAGCUCGUCGCCGCGGUUGAUCAUGUGCUGCAGCGAGAGAAUGCCCUCGGUGUUGACCCGGAUGGAGGUCUUGGACGCGAGCGCGAGCGCCCGGAGCGAGGCGUGGACAAGCUCGGUCUUGUACUCGUUGGUGAUGAGCUCGACAGUAUCAAACGACUCGAUGAGGGCAGCAGCACCGGGGCCGACUUCUGCCGUGCCCCCGCUGGUGCCGCCGCCGUCCGACGUGUGCGGGAACUCGAUGGCACAUGAGCCGGCCGAGCCGC